AUGCCUCCCCUAGACUUCUCUCACGUUCGGCCGGACCUUCGGCUCAGCGUGGCCAUUGACUUUUACAUGGCGCUGCGGAGUAUGGGUACACGUUCUGACGUACAAUUCCAUGUUGCUAGUCGGAUUUUCGACAUUUUCAAGAGCGAGUGGCGUACCAUGAACGAGGCCGCGGUUGUAGGACUAGCUGGGUCUUUUCAGUAUGCACGCGAGAUCUUUGAGGAGGAUGGGGGAGAUUUUUUACAGGAUCCUGUGGUGAUGGUGACGGCGCAUAUGUUCGCUUACGGGAUGCAGAAUGAGCAGAUCGACGAUGUGCGGAUGGUGAAAAGGGUGCUGGGUUGGGCUGGUCCUGCGCUGAAGGACUUCAUCGAUAGGGUUGGUAUCGUUCGAUACCCGAUUCGUAGUCUUGUGGCUACGACUGCUGUCUAUGCACUGCCGGGACGCCGUCAAAGACCCAAAGAGUUGACACGACAUGGUGGUGGCCUAGCGCAAGGACUAACUUCACCCGCACCAUCCGAUGUCUCCUCUCUUGGUAGUGGUGUGUUUCCUUUCGGUGAGGACCCGGCGCCGAGCCCACCCCAUUGGUCCAUGAGCGCGAUCUCAGUGAAGGAAUUCCAGGAUCUGGGACUGGAUGGAUGGAUCAUGCUUACAGAUGUUCAAGGGCGGGAAGAUGGAGGACAUGAGGGUGAGAAUGAAGUAUUGGAAGCAAUGGAGGUGGACAUAGAAGGCACGACAAAACGUCUAAAAGAGAUGUCGCUCUAA